UUUUCACUGAUGUGUGACGAAUCCAACAACAGAACAACAGACAAAGAAUUCGUCAUCCUGACUAGACUCUACCAUGAGGCCACUCUGCAGGUCGCUACAAGAUUCCUGGAGAUGCCUACAUGCAAUGUAGGAAAUGCAGAAAAUCUGUAUGGAAAGCUGAGUGAGGCAUUAAGAAAAAGAGGCAUCCCAUGGGAUAACCUGAUUGCCUUUAACUCUGAUAAUGCGAGUGUUAUGAGAGGCCGACACAACUCGGUCAUCAGCAGACUGAAGACCAGCCAGCCCCACAUCCAGGACCUUGGCUGCAUCUGCCACCUGGUACAGCUGGCCACUGGCUGUGGCAUCAGAGCAGCCCAGGUACCGGUGGAAGACAUCCUGGUGGGGAUAUACACCCACUUUGAUAAAAGUGCAAAAAGAUGUGAAGUCUACAAAGAGUUUGUAGACUUCACUGAUUCAGACCACCUGAAGCUCCUCAGGUACUGCAGCACAAGAUGGCUAAGUCUGUUAACCUGCAUACAGAGGGUGCUGAAUCAGUGGGAUGCACUACAGGCCUACUUUAACAGUCAUGAGGAAGUAGAGAGGAGUGUUAAAGUGCGUGAUCUGGCAAGCCAUCUGCGUGAUCCAAUCAUGAAGACCUAUUUCCUGUUCCUGAGUGCUGAGUGCUAAAUUCAGCCUUUAUCUGAAUUUAACAUUGCCUUCCAGUCAGAGGGAGUACAAAUUCACGGACUUGAAGAGGAGAUGUGCAGGCUGAUAAAGAGGAUCCUGGGCUACCUCAUACCAGCCAGGGCAAUCGUGGGUGUACCUCUCAGGGAGGUGGAGUAUGGAGAUGGACAUCAGUUGGCUGAUGAAGAUCUCUUUAUCGGAGCAGACACAAAGGCAUUCAUGAGAAGCGCUGAGCUCCCUGUGUCAGCCGAGAAGAAAAUCUUUCAAACUGUGAGAAGCUUCUAUGAGGCAGUGCUUAAGAAGAUGUUCUCCACCUUUCCCCUCGACCAUCCACUCCUGAGGGACCUGAAAGUGCUGGACCCUGCAGCUCGCCUUAACAUAACUCCAGGGACAGGUAGAUAAUAGAAAGAGUUUCCAAUAGGCUUUAUGCCCAGCUCCACUACUUACCCAAGCAACCACCCUAGCAAUGGUCAGACACACCUGGAUGUGUAGUGUAUUAGCAGUAACCUUAUAAGAGCAGAAUAAAUAUGGCUAUGUAAUAUGAACAAUGUAUGCACAAUAGGUACAUGUAUGUGCAAUGUAGUGGCAGUAUCAUUAUAGUAGUAGUAAGAACAAUAUAUAUAUGCAGUGUAUUAACAGAAUAUAUUACAGAAAAACUGAAAAAAUAUGGAUAUUUAGUAUGAACCAUAUAAACAGAUAUGUACAGUAUGUACAGCUAUGUGCAGUGUGGUAACAGUACCAUUGUAGUGCAGAAACUGACAGGAAAUAAAGGAUCUGGCUUAAGUUCAGGAAGUGGUGGAGCUGGGCAUAAAGCCUAUUGAUGUUAAGCAAGGCAAGGCAAUUUUCUUUGUACAGCCCAUUUUUACAAACAAUUUGUCUCAAGGGCUUUACAUCGCAUCAUAACAUCCUCUGGGGACAGUUCCCCAUUGAUAACCAAAGAAAUAAUUGGCACAGUAUACUUGAUACUUGUUUAGAUCUGCAAUGUUCAGUCAAACACUUGUUUUAC